AUGCCUGAAACUUUCUUAGCCCCGGCUGCACCCGCCCCCAUCGACCCUUCAUACCGGCCUAAGAAGUCUAUCAUCACUGCCCCAGCAACAGCUCCGGUAGAAUACAUUUUAUCCAUUAUUGCACGCGAUGGAGGUGUUAUUCUCAAAGACCUCGUCUCAGCAGAAGAGCUGGCUUCCAUCGACCAGGAACUCCGACCGUGGAGUGACAGGCAGCGUCGCCACGCAGACGAAACGGCAAAAUUGAAUGGGGACGCAUUUUACACCAUUCCUCGACAGACGGUCCUCGUCCCGGGCUUGGUUGGUAAAUCCGAUACUAUUGCGUCAAUCUGCGAGCAUCCCGUUCUGGAGCAGCUGCGACAGCACAUUCUGCAGGACAAAUUUAAUGUAUAUCGUGAGGACUGGGCAGACCCCAACACAAUCAACCCACUGCUCAGUCUAAGUGUGUCAAUGAACAUUGGAUAUGGCGCUCCCCGGCAACGGCUGCAUCGAGAUGACAAUGUUCACGGCAUUCGGCACCCCAAGCCCGAGGACUGGAGCUUCAAACACGCAAGUCAAUUUGGUUGCUUAAUUGCCGGCUGUGAUGUGACUCGAGAAAAUGGAGCGACCAUGUUCGUGCCUGGAAGUCAUAAAUGGGACGAUCAGCGAUGGGCGACCCCACAGGAAGACGAUGUCUGCUUUGCAGAAAUGUCUGCCGGCUCAGCCCUGAUCUUUCUGGCAUCUGCCUUCCAUGGGGGAGGUCAUAAUUCCGUGCCAAACUCUGUCCGGACCAUGCACAGUCUGUUUUUCGUACGAGGAACACUCCGGACGGAGGAAAACCAGUUCCUUGCCAUCCCGCGCAGCAAGGUGAUGAAGAUGAGUCCAAAGAUGUUGGAGCUGCUGGGCUAUACCAAGCCCACGUCGGCGCUGGGUAUUGUUGAGAACAUCAGUCCUCAUGAGGAUUUGGAGGGUAUUUGGGCAAAGGUAAUGCAGUAA